UUGGAGCUAAAGAAGAGAGAAAGAAGGCAGAAAUAAGGUCCAGGCUUCCUUCUGAGGCAUGCUCCCUCUGCCUUCUCCAGGGACCUCAUUAAUGGUGUUUAGCUAGCAGGCAUGAGCCAAUGCCCGAGAGAUAGGGCAGGGUGCUACAGCUACACUGCCUCCACCCCUUCAGUAACUGCUAGUUCUAAUUGUGUUGCUAAGAGCUUUGAAGACAGAGAAAUCACAGCUGGAGCCCAAGGGCAGCCUCUUCCAGGCAGUCAAGCAUUAGCGCCCUCCUGCCCAAGCAGAGGGACCCUAGAUACUUCAAGCAUCACAACCAGACUACAGAACCAUGAGCCAAGACAGCAAAGUGAAGACAACAGAGUCCAGUCCCCCUGUCCCCUCAACGACCAGGAAGAGGCUGCCUGUCCUAGAUCCAUCUGGGGAUUACUACUACUGGUGGCUGAACACGAUGGUCUUCCCAGUCAUGUAUAAUCUCAUCAUUAUUGUGUGCAGAGCCUGCUUUCCAGACUUGCAGCAUGGUUACCUAGUGGUCUGGUUCAUACUGGACUAUACCAGUGAUCUGCUCUACCUAAUGGACAUCGUGGUGCACUUUCACACAGGAUUCUUAGAACAGGGCAUCCUGGUGGUAAACAAGGGUAUGAUUGCCAGUCGUUAUGUUCGCACGUGGAGCUUUGUAUUGGACUUGGCUUCUCUGAUCCCCACCGAUCUGGUCUACAUGCGGUUGGGCCCCCAUGUACCCACACUGAGGCUGAAUCGCUUUCUUCGGGUGCCCCGCCUCUUUGAGGCCUUUGACCGCACAGAGACUCGCACAGCUUACCCCAAUGCCUUUCGAAUCGCUAAACUGAUGCUCUACAUCUUUGUCGUCAUCCACUGGAAUAGCUGCCUCUAUUUUGCCCUGUCCCAGUACUUGGGCUUUGGGCAAGACCCCUGGGUAUACCCAGACCCAGCACAGCCUGGCUUUGAGCGCCUGCGGCGCCAGUAUCUGUACAGCUUUUAUUUCUCCACCCUGAUCCUGACUACUGUGGGGGACACACCACUGCCAGCCCGGGAGGAAGAGUACCUCUUCAUGGUAGCUGACUUCCUGCUGGCUGUCAUGGGUUUUGCCACUAUCAUGGGUAGCAUGAGCUCUGUCAUCUACAACAUGAACACUGCAGAUGCGGCUUUCUACCCAGAUCAUGCAUUGGUGAAGAAGUAUAUGAAGCUACACCAUGUCAACCGCAGACUGGAGCGACGCGUUAUUGACUGGUACCAGCAUCUGCAGAUCAACAAGAAGAUGACCAAUGAGGUAGCCAUCUUACAACACUUGCCUGAGCGACUUCGGGCAGAGGUUGCUGUGUCGGUGCAUCUGUCCACUCUGAGCCGGGUACAGAUCUUCCAGAACUGCGAGGCAAGCCUGCUGGAGGAGCUGGUGCUGAAGCUGCAGCCCCAGACCUACUCGCCUGGUGAAUACGUAUGCCGCAAAGGAGACAUUGGCAGAGAGAUGUACAUUAUCCGUGAGGGCCAGCUGGCUGUGGUGGCAGACGAUGGUAUCACGCAGUAUGCUGUGCUUGGGGCAGGGCUGUACUUCGGGGAGAUCAGCAUCAUCAACAUCAAAGGGAACAUGUCUGGGAACCGCCGCACAGCCAACAUCAAGAGUCUCGGUUAUUCAGACCUGUUUUGCUUAAGCAAAGAGGACCUUCGGGAGGUGCUCAGUGAAUAUCCACAGGCGCAGGCUGUCAUGGAAGAGAAGGGCCGUGAGAUCUUGCUCAAAAUGAACAAACUGGACGUGAAUGCUGAGGCAGCUGAGAUUGCCCUACAGGAGGCCACAGAAUCCCGACUGAGAGGUCUCGAUCAACAGCUCGAUGAUCUGCAGACCAAGUUUGCUCGCCUACUGGCCGAGCUGGAGUCCAGUGCACUCAAGAUUGCCUACCGAAUAGAAAGGCUUGAAUGGCAGACUCGAGAAUGGCCAGUACCCGAGGACCUGGUCGAGGCUGAUAUUGACAGUGAACCUGAGGAGGGAACUUCCAAGGAUGGAGAGGGGGAAACUGGCCAGGAGGGUCCCCCAGGUCCAUAAUGAUCCCUUUCCUGUUUCCAGGACUCCCACCUCCAAGUGAAACCAGAGUUGUAGGGAAGAUUGCCUGCAGAAACUCUGCCAUCCAGUUUGCUUUAUCCGAGAGACAAGAAUGAAUUUGUCUGUAGAUGUCCAGCUAGAGAUGUGGGAGUAUAGCAAACACUGAUUUCUCCCUUAGCAGUACACACACACACACACACACACACACACACACACACACACACACAAACCUGAAUACACACACAUGCACACAAAAUUACACAUUCCCAUUCUGGCCAAGACUGUGUAUUCUACAUAAAAUGCUCUGGAGUCCCCACAUGUGCUUUCUCAUAGUAUACACACAUUCAAUUAUGUGUCUCCUGACAGUCAUACACCAAUAGAUACCCUCCAUAGGUGUGUACAUGCUUAUGAAAACACAGAAACACACCCAGAGCCUUCUUGAUCCAAGAUGUCCUCUAGGACUCCCAUAUUGGUGGCUUGCAAGUGUACCCUGAAAAUUGCAUUUCAAUAAAUCAUUUGCCUCCUCACUAAGCAUUUAUGGAGGUAAAAAAGAAAACAAAACCCAUGAUGGGCUGCAUUGAAUUGUAUCUAAAGUCCAAGGCACAGAGUGAGGGGCAUGAGGUGUGUAGUACCUGGUAGGUUGGAUUCAAAACAAUUGGAGUACUGGAAGAAUAGG